UGCAGAAGAGAUUACGUCGCAUUCUGGAAAGAGUUGGAAAUGGAAGAUGGAUGAUCCUCUUGACAUUGUAAAUGCCGCAAUUGAUCAGCACACUAAGAUGUUUAAGCAAAUGAAAGGUGUACCAGGAGUAAAGCCAGAAAAACUAGAAGAGGGUCUAUCACCUAGACAUUGUGCAUUAUCUCUUGUUGGUGAACCAAUAAUGUACCCUGAGAUAAAUGCUCUGGUUGAUGAGCUACACCGCAGACACAUAUCUACAUUUCUGGUUACAAAUGCUCAAUUUCCUGAAAAGAUUAAGACGUUGAAACCAAUUACUCAGCUAUAUGUCAGUGUGGAUGCAGCUACAAAGGAAAGUUUGAAGGCUGUUGACAGGCCACUGUUUUCAGACUUCUGGGAGCGUUUCCUGGAUUCGCUCAAGUCCCUGAAUGAGAAAGAUCAACGAACAGUUUACCGACUGACACUGGUUAAAGGCUGGAAUGCAGAAGAGAUUGAUUCAUAUGCAAAAUUGCUAAACCUCGGCCAACCUGAUUUCAUUGAAAUCAAGGGUGUAACAAACUGUGACUCGUCAGCGACUUCAAAGUUGACAAUGGAAAAUGUACCCUGGCACUCUGAUGUAAAAACAAUUUCUGAGGUUUUGGCAUCAAAAAGCGGCGGUGUGCACGAACUAGCAUGUGAGCAUGCUCAUUCAUGCUGUGUCCUACUCGCGAAGGUGGAUAAGUUCAAGAUAAACGGCAAAUGGCAUACAUGGAUAGAUUGUGACCGAUUCCAUGAACUGGUGACAUCUGGAAAGCCUUUCAAGAGCCAAGAUUACAUGGCCAUGACGCCUUCAUGGGCCAUCUAUGGUGCCGACGAAGGUGGCUUCGAUCCAGAUCAAUCUCGUUACAAGAAGGAAAGGCGCCAUGGAGCUGCAGCCCAGAAAAAUUAAUCUCCCAGCUAUCUAGGUACUAGAUCAAUC